CCUCUCUCGCUUGUGUAAUGACGUCAACGCUGUCACUUGUAGAUAGCAGGAGCGCCGCAUUCACCGCAAUCUGCUCCAGGUAGUAGCCUACUCUAGCCCAGGCUGGGAACCACAUCACGGGAUAACAAAGGUGCAGAUUCUCCAAAGCUGAAGGAUAUUAUUGGCGCGGUCUGCCUGAAUAACCGGUGACCUCGGAAUUAUCUUUAUUGUCUCCAUGCACGAUGAACGUUAGCUAGCCAGCUGGGCAGUGGAACCCUCUACCCCAAUCCCCCAACCCUAUCUGCUACCCCACCUGCAACCAUGAAUGGUGGUGUGAAUAUUUGGGCCAUCACUCCAGAGGAGAGGAGCAAACAUGAUCGCCAGUUUGACUCACUCACCCCUACUCUUGGAUAUGUAUCAGGAGAGCAGGCGAGGAAGUUCUUCCUGCAGUCUGGCCUUCCUGCUCCAGUGCUUGCAGAGAUCUGGUCUUUGGCAGACCUGACCAACGACGGGAGGAUGGACCGGCUGGAGUUCUCCAUCGCCAUGAAGCUGAUCAAGCUGCAGCUGCAGGGCCAGCCCCUGCCCUCCUCCCUGCCAGUCAUCAUGAAGCAGACGCCCACGCCCACGCCCUCCAUUAUGACGUCAUCAGCACGCUUCGGGAUGGGCUCCAUGCCAAACCUGUCUUUCAUGCCCACCACCGCACCCACCGCCGUCCCUGGCCUAAUGCCCCUACCCCUGACAUCCACAAUGCCACCCCCUCUGGUGGCCCUCGGGGGCAUACCUGUGCCCCUGAUGCCCACCUCUCUCAGCACCCCCGCCUUGCCUAACGGUGUGGCCUUGGGAUGCAGCCUACUUGCCCCAUCGCCUGUUGCCGUGACGACAGCGUUCUCUACCUCCACGUCCUUCCCCACUGGGUCCGGUUUGAGUAAAGCUCGCUCUCUGCUGGAUCUGGGUUCGAGCAGCUCCAACUCCUCCUCCACCACAUCUCUGGCCAGCAUCUCCCCCAAGAAGGGCUUGUCUGACUGGGCUGUUUCCCAGGCCGCGCGCCUCAAGUACCGCCAGCAGUUCAACAGCCUGGACAAACUGAUGUCAGGGUACCUGUCAGGACCUCAGGUUAGGAACGCAUUGACUGCUUCAAACCUCACUCAGACACAGCUCGCCACCAUCUGGAAUCUGGCAGAUGUGGACCAGGAUGGCCAGCUCCAGGCAGAUGAGUUCAUUCUGGCCAUGCACUUGGUGGACCUGGCCAAAACUGGCCAACCUCUCCCCCUGUCACUACCACUUGAACUAGUACCCCCCUCCUUCAGGACCAUAAGUAAGAGCAGUGAGAUGGUAAAUGGAACAGGUCCUGCCCUCUGCCCUGCACCAGCUGAUCUCUUAGAGCCAGAGCUGCCACAGAAGACCAAGAACAAUGCAGCGGUGUUCGAGGACAAGCUGAAGGCCAACUUCCAGCGGGGCAGCGCCGAGCUGGAGAAGCGCAGACAGGCCCUGCAGGAGGAGAGGAGGCGUGAGGAGGCGCGCAGGGAGGAGGCGCGCAAAGAGGAGGAGCGCCAGCGCCAGCUGCGUGACGCUCGCCACCAGGAGGCGCUGCGGGCACAGGAGCAGGAGAGGAGGUUGCAGAGGCAGAGGGAGCUGGACAGGCAGAGAGAGGAGGAGAGACGCAGGGAGGGGGAGAGAAUCGAGGUGGAGCAUCAGGAGUUGCAGAGAAGGAGGCAGCAGGAGCAGGAGGAGAUCAGCCAUCUGCGAGCACGAAAGAGGAGCCUACAGCUGGAGCUGGAGGCUGUGGGUAACAAGCACAAGCAGAUUUCGGACUGUCUCCGUGACUCCUGGAGUAAGCGGCAGAUCCAGAGGGCGGAGCUAGAUCUUGUCAAUCAGAAGAGGGACGGGAAGAUCGCUGAGAUCAGCUCUCUGCAGUUACAGCUGGAGGACUUCCAGAGGCAGCUGUCACAGCUGAUCCCAGAACAGCAGAAGCUGAAGGAGAGGCUAAGGACCGUCGGCCUGAAUGACUCCACCUGUACGUCUGCUCUGCUGUGCCCGGGGGGGUUGAGCGCAGCUGCCUUAACGAUGAGCUCUGUGAAGAACAGUGUGUCUGUGAAGCAGCUGGGCUGCAGGAAGCUGAAGGAGCAGCUGGACGCACUGGAGAGAGAGACCACAACCAAGCUCUCCGAGAUGGACCAGUACAACAGAGACAUCAAGGAUCUGCGCGAGAAACAGACCAAGCAGCAGUCAGUUCUGGAUGGACUGAUGCGAGUGAAAGAGGAGAAAGUGAAGGAGCUACAGAGAAAAAGAAAAGAAAUGGAGGAGAGGAAGAAGAAAGAGGAGGAAGAGGCUACAAGGCGUGCCCAGCUUGAGCUCGAGCUGGCCCAGCAGCUCCAGAAGGAGGAGGAGGAGAGGCAGCGACAGCGGCAGCUGCAGCAGGUGAGGGAGGCUCAACUCCGGGAGCAGGAGCAAAUCGAGGCCCAGGCUCGCCUCUGGCAGGCCCAGGAGCAGGCCGAAGAGGAGGAGCGGUGCAGGAAGAGGGAGAUGGAGGAGCAGGAAGAAGAGAAGAGGAGAGCGGAGGAGCAAGAGAAGAGUACGAAAGAGGAAGAGGGAGGGGAGGUUGUCGCUGUGCAACCGGAUGUGUUGUUGCUAGGGGGUGGAGUUACUGAUGACCUUCAAGCUCAGCUCUCUGCUCUGUUCAAGGGCGUGGAGGAUAACGCAGAGGUGAAGCCGCCACCAAGGAAGUGCACCUUUCUGACACCGUACCGGGCUCUGUAUUCAUUUGCUGCCCGCAAUGCAGAUGAGCUUUCUCUGGAGGCUGGUGGAAUAGUGGAGGUGAACGAGGGGACAGUGGGAGAGCCUGGCUGGUUUUAUGGCAGCUGCCAGGGGAAGCUGGGCUGGUUCCCACAGAGCUACGUGGAGAAAUGCCCCCCGGGGGAGGCGGCAAACUGCCCCUUAAACGCCAACCAUACUGAGGCUACUGACCCAGCCACCUCUGGUAACCAGAGCACAGGGAGCCUAGCCCAAGCGGAUGCCCAGACCUCGGGCUUUGCUUCUGGGUUAGAGGAGGCUCAGAUUUCUGCCUUCUCAACCAGCCUCUCAAACAUGUCUGGAGCCCCUCACACACAGUCUGAGCAGGUCAAGGCCUUGUGCUCAUGGACGGCGAAGGCCGAGGGCCACCUCAGCUUCUCGCAGGGCGACCUGAUCGCGGUUCUGCAGCGCCAGGAGAACUGGUGGCUCGGAGAACUCAGCGGAACCCAGGGCUGGUUCCCCAAGAGUUACGUUGGCACGACGGUAGCGGGCGAGGCGGCACCAGAACAGCUAUGCUCUGUUGUGGACGACUUGGAUUCUUCAGAUGUCUGUCAGCUUGAAGAGUUUGAGGCCCUGUACACGUAUGAGAGCCCGGAGGCGGGGGACCUGGCGUUCAGCGUGGGGGACACCAUCCUGGUGACAGAGAGGGAGGGGGAGUGGUGGAGGGGGUGUAUCGGCGACCACACAGGGGUCUUCCCGUCCAACUACGUCAAGCCCCGCGAGCUGAGCGCAACUAAACCUGGAGCCACCAGCAAGAAGCCAGAGAUUGUGCAGGUGACUACGCCCUCCGUUGCCACGACAGCGGAGCAACUGAGUCUGACCCCAGGUCAGCUCAUACUGGUGCUGGCCAAGAACUCUUCAGGCUGGUGGCUCGGGGAGCUACAGGCCCGGGGCAAGAAGCGCCAGAGGGGCUGGUUUCCCUCCGCCAACAUCAAAGUCCUGGGCGCCAACAGCGGGAAGUCCACACCAGCACCUCAGCCAAUGUGUCAGGUCAUCGCCAUGUACGACUACAAGGCCGCCAACGAGGACGAGAUGAGCUUCUCCAAGGGCCAGCUGAUCAUCGUGCUCAACCAGGACAACGCUGAUUGGUGGAAAGGAGAGAUCAAUGGGGUCACGGGGCUCUUUCCGACCAAUUAUGUCAAGAUGACUACAGACACUGACCCGUGCCAGCAAUGGUGUGCGGACCUGAUGAGUCUGGACACCAUGAGUCCCCAGGAGAGGAAGAGACAGGGCUACAUCCACGAGCUCAUCCAGACCGAGGAGCGCUACCUGGAGGACCUGGAGCUGGUGCUGGAGGUGUUCUAUAAACCCAUGGCAGAGUCUGGCCGACUCACCGAGGCUGAGAUGGCCAUGAUCUUCAUCAACUGGAGGGAGCUCAUCAUGUGCAACACCAAACUGCUCAAAGCCUUGCGCGUGCGUAAGAAGAUGGGCGGCGAACGCAUGCCCGUGCAGCUGGUGGGCGACAUCCUGGCGUCGGAGCUGGCACACAUACAGGCCUACAUCCGCUUCUGCAGCUGCCAGCUCAACAGUGCCGCCCUGCUGCAGCUCAAGACGGACAACACGCCCGAUUUCAAGAACUUCCUCAAGAAAAUCGCCACUAACUAUCGCUGCAGAGGUAUGCCACUGUCCAGCUUCCUCCUAAAACCCAUGCAGAGGAUCACCCGCUACCCGCUACUCAUCAAAAACAUCCUGGAGAACACGCCGGAAGGCCACGCUGAUCACGGCCCGCUGCGGGAGGCCCUGGAGCGGGCCGAGGAGCUAUGCCUGCAGGUCAACGAGGGGGUCCGCGAGAAGGAGAACUCCGACCGCCUCGAGUGGAUCCAGAACCACGUGCAGUGUGAUGGAGUCAUCGAGCACCUGGUCUUCAACUCCCUCACCAACUGCCUUGGCCCACGCAAGCUCCUCCACAGCGGCCGCCUCCACAAGACCAAGAGCAACAAGGAGCUGUGGGCCUUCCUCUUCAAUGACUUCCUCCUGCUCGCCUACACCUCCAAGCCCUUCUCCUCCUCUUCCUCGUCUGGCGCGGACAAGCUCUUCAGCACCAAGUCCAAUGCGCAGUACAAGAUGUACAAGACGCCGGUCUUCCUGAAUGAGGUGCUGGUAAAGAUGCCCUCUGACCCCUCCAGUGAUGAGCCUGUCUUUCACAUCUCACACAUCGACCGCGUCUACACACUCAGGGCGGACAGCAUUAAUGAGAGGACCACGUGGGUGCAGAGGAUCAAAGCGGCGUCGGAGCACUUCAUUGAGACGCAGAAGAAGAAGAGGGAGAAGGCCUACCAAGCACGCUCUCUCAAGUCCAGUGGUAUUGGCCGACUGUUGGUGACCGUUCAGGAGGCUACUGAGCUCAAGUCCACCAAACCCAACGGGAAGAGUAACCCUUACUGUGAGCUGACCAUGGGGGCUCAGUGCUACACUUCCAGGCCCAUCAGUGACCCCUUAAACCCCAAGUGGAACUUUAACUGCCAGUUCUUCAUCAAGGACCUGUACCAAGAUGUGCUCUGUCUCACCGUCUUUGAGAGGGACCAGUUCUCCCCUGAUGAUUUUCUCGGUCGCACUGAGGUUCCGGUGGCAACCAUCAAGAAGGACCAGGAGAUUAAGGGUCCAGCCCUUCGGAGGCUGUUACUCCACGAGGUUCCCACCGGGGAGGUCAGGGUUCGCCUCGACCUUCAGCUGUACGACUCCGUGUCUCACAAGUGAUGACGCUAAUAUUUACACUGAUCUCAGAUCAGUACAUCAUGGUUUUGGACUGGCUUUGGACUCUACAGAUGGCCUCUGUUCAGCCAUCUGUCACCAAAAGAGACACUGUUGUUUGAAAGAGUAUGGUUAAAUACUGCUUUUGCAAUUUAUUGAACCACAAUGACUCAUGACCACACCUCAUUCAAUGAUGGAGCCCACGCUCAUUACAAAUAAUCCUCACCAUUCAGAAGAGGGAUGUAGCUGGCGGCCCAAUCAGAGACUUUUGAAUCACAAUGAUGGAGGCCAUUCCCACCAAAAGUGACCCCGGCCAAUCAGAAAAGGAGGGAUGUAGCUGGCGGCCCAAUCAGAGACUUUUGACUGCUUUUGUUCCCAGACCACUGCUGACUCAGAUCUGCUGACGGAUCUAAAUCUGCUCUGGAUUUAAGGCAGCACCUGUUCCUGAGUCAGCUGAUACUACUGAUGUUUUUUUUUUUUAUCAGCUUUGACACUAACCUGCAAAUGUGCUAAAAACACAUCAGUGAUGAAGUGGCUCAUAUUACUGAAGUAACUCUAAAAGGAUUAUUUUACUCUCACCAGGCCAAUGUUGCUUUUAAUUUUUUAUUUCAUGUUUGAAAUGUUUUGUUUGAAUUUUUUUCGUAAAAUUUUUUAGCUGAUUGUUUUAUUUGACUUAUCAGGAAAAUAACAAGAAAAUAGGUGCAGCCUGUUCUAACACUGUUUAAGUUGUCAAAUUAUUCUGAUUUAAAAUAGCUUUUUAGAUAUAUUGUGAAUUUGCACAGAAGGAAAAUAACAUCCUGCCAAUACUCUGCUUUGAACCUAUGGCAUUGCUGGAGGAUCUGGCCACAUAACUAAAAUUAUGGGGGGGGGCUCUGAACCUGUGGCAUCAUCCAUGUCAUUUUGUACAUUUGGUAAAAUUCUAUUUGCAUGUUUUAAAUGCCUCAGGUCUGCAUUUCUGCCUUUACCUAUUACAAAGCUCACCGCUUCCGAAAGGAUCACCCCCACCGUCAUAAAUAAAUCAGCCUUGCCAAA